GGUGCAGGCGCAGCCGGCCUGGCUGCUCCGGGUUCCGGUCCGGGCGGAGGCGGCAUUCCUGGUAGCCUGAUCGGCGGCGGCGGCGGACUCAUGAUCUCCAGCGGCGUCAUAGGCCCUUCCGUGGCGGCCGAAGGAGAGCCUCCGACUGCCAUGGACCAAGGCGGAGUCGGCGAUGGUAUUCUUUGACUUCUCUUAGAUCGCAGGAGGCGUUCCAGCAACAAAUCAUGCACUUAAAAAUGCAAACCCAACUACAGCAGCAAAAACUAUUAGAAGAUUUCCAAGUGCGACAGCAACAAAUCAAUGAAGAGUACGAGCACAGGCUCAAACUGCACCUCAAGGUAUGUCAGGAAUUGUGGGAGCAGCAGCAAGCCCAGCAGGCUCGUGAAAGACAAAUAGAACAGAUGCAACUGCGUCAGCAACGUCAGCAGAAGCAUAAUGACCAGCAAAGUCAUGGCCUUAAGGCCACUUGCCCUAAUAGUGGUUCAACAAGUUCCUUAACUGGAAUAAGCAGUGGUAGUACAAAUUCAAAUAAUGCAGCCAGCAGUGAAGUUAAACAGAAACUGCAGGUAUUCCUGAUGAAAAAACGCGAGCAGGCUCGUGAAAUGACCAAUGGUUCUGUAAGUCAAACUUCUGGUGGAUCUGGAGCAGCAAACUAUCGUAACUGGGGAGUGGUAAAAAGCUCAUCUGGUGAAAGUUUGGGUUCAGGUCCAUGCCAGUCGACGCAUCCUUACCGACUUCCUGGUUCUGCACACAGUAGUACCAAUAGUGGAAGUAUGAUCUCAACUUCUAACUCGAAUUCAAGUCUUAAUCAUAUCUCGUGCAGGAGUCAACAGUCUCCGACGCAGGCAGGUCCAGGAUCGGGAGACUUCCCUUUGAGGAAAACAGCGAGCGAGCCGAAUCUUCUUAAGGUUCGCCUGAAGCAGCGCGUUAUAGAGCGAAGGGCCGGACCCAUGUCGACCCAUCUGCAGGCCAGGGCCAGGCACGAGAGGCUGCUGGCGGGCAUCAGGCACCGAAAGAAUCCGGCGCUGGCAAAUUGUGCCAUAAAUAAUAGCCCAGAGUCGGGGCCUAAUUCGCCACCAGCCCUUGCCAGUAGAGGGUCACCGACAAGUGCACCUAUACAAGAGGAAAACGAGGAACCCAAUUCCUCCGGUCACAUGAGCGGAACCAACAGCAUGGGAGGCUACGGGGUGCUCACAAAUAGCCAUCAGGGCUCCUUAACGGAUCUGUCACUAUUCAGCAGCCCUUCUAUGCCUAAUAUCUCAUUAGGAAGGUCUCAUAUCCCUCACCAUUCGCAGUCAAGUACAACAGAAGCUGCAGUAUUGGCUGCUGUCGCUGCAGCUCGUUUGGGCGCUCCUUUGACAGGCCAGUUGUUAUCUGGUGUGCUCCCUUAUUAUCCAACCUUACCUGUUAUUGAAGCAGAACAGCCUCCUGAAGCUGCUGCUCCAGCACCUACACAAUUGCCUCACCAUCAACAGCAACCUAUUACAGACGCACAGGUUGCACAUCAUCAUCUAAACAAGUUAUCAGGGCACCCUCACACACACCGGCCGCUGGGAAGAACCCAAAGCGCACCUUUGCCUCUGGGGCAUCCGAUGCUUCAGGGGAAUCCCACAAGAAUGCCUCAGGCUCCUGCGCCACCUCAGCCUGCGAGCCAUGGACCCUAUAACACCCAGAUGGACCACACGUUGUUGAAGCAGCAUAUCCGGCAAACAGUUCUUACACGGGCUGCUGGUAUUCAACAGCAGCAACAGCAACAGAUGAUGUUGAAUCAGCAACAACAGCAAUUGCAAAAGCAGCUGUCUAGCAGUAAUAGUAGCGAAUCGGAGAUCAUUGAUUUGACUGAGAAGAGUAGACGAGCCAGGUUAAGGGAUGAAGAUGCUGAAAUGGUUAAUGCCCAGGAUACUCAUUCGGCUCUCAGGCCGCGACCUGAUCCAACCAGGCCUUUGUCCAGAACACUAUCUAGUCCACUGGUGCACGUUGGACGAGGUUCUCGGUCACCAGAACCAUUAGAACCACGAGAAUCGCAAGAAGCACCUUAUUCUGCACCAACUACUGGUUUGGCAUAUGAUAGUAUUAUGCUGAAACAUGCUUGCAGAUGUGGAGAUAAUAGCAGACAUCCAGAACAUGGUGGUCGAUUGCAAAGUGUUUGGGCACGACUGCUUGAAACAGGGUUGGCCGCCAGAUGUUCUCGUCUAAGAGCUCGCAAGGCUACACUUGAUGAACUCAGACUUUGUCAUACAGAAGCACAUACAUUGAUGUUUGGCACUAGUCCAUUUUCUCGGCACAACAGGCCGGAACAAAUAGGAAGCACUGUCAGUGGAGCUUCUACAGGGGGCAAUGGUGCCAAUAGUAGUCCUGGUGCAGGAACACCUGUUUCCUUGGUUCGAUUGAGGUGUGGAGGCGUCGGUGCAGAUCCGGACUCGUUCUGGAGCGAUGCGCAUACGGGCCCUGCUGCUAGAACAGCAGCCGGAUGCGUAAUUGAUCUAGCUCAUAAGACAUGGUUGGGUGAAACCAAGAACGGUUUUGCGGUUGUUAGACCUCCAGGACACCAUGCUGAACCUGAUUUGGCAAUGGGUUUCUGUUUCUUCAAUUCAGUGGCUAUCGCUGCAGAGUGCCUCAAGAGACGGUGCGACUUACAACGUAUACUCAUCGUCGAUUGGGAUGUGCAUCAUGGGAAUGGUACACAGCAAAUGUUUUACGACGAUCGCAGAGUUCUCUACAUUUCCAUACAUCGUCAUGAUGAUGGUAACUUCUUUCCGGGAACUGGAGGUCCAACGGAGUGCGGUGCCGGCGAAGGCGUAGGUUUCAAUGUGAAUAUUGCCUGGUCAGGAGGUAUCGAUCCGCCUCUUUCUGAUGCGGAAUAUUUGGCUGCAUUCAGGACAGUCGUAAUGCCUAUUGCGAAGGAAUUCAAUCCGGAACUGAUACUUGUAUCAUGUGGAUUUGAUGCCUCGGUUGGUCAUCCGGCUCCACUUGGAGGAUACCAGGUCAGCGCUGCUUGCUUUGGAGAGAUGACCAGACAAUUGAUGACAUUGGCUAAUGGAAAAGUGGUGCUUUCCCUAGAAGGCGGUUACGAUCUACCAGCCAUCUGUGACAGCGCCCAGGCCUGCGUCAGCGCCUUGUUGGGAGACGAAGUUGAUGAUUCAUCAUCAGUUUCUGCUGCUUCAGCAAACAUCUCGAAUAAUCUACACAGGACAACGUGCGGAAUUGGCAGAGUUAGUGAUGCAGAAUUGGCCAGACCGCCUUGUCAGAAUGCUAUCGAUACUCUGCAGAAAACUAUUGCUAUACAGCUUUCCCAUUGGCCUUGUGUAAAGCGAAAUGCCCACAUGGUAUCCAUGUGCCAUGCCCAAGCCCUUCAACUUCUUGCAGCCGAAGGAGCACCACCAUUGACUAUCAGGAUGAUUGAGACUAAAGAAAUGGUAGAAGACUCGGAGACAGUCACAGCCAUGGCAGGGCUCUCUAUGAGGAACACACAAAUGAACAGGACUUCGGAUCGAUCCAGAAGUGUUUCGGACGAGCCGAUGGAGCAAGAUGAAACAAAAUAAUAAAAUCAAUAAAUAAUUAAAAUUAUUGAUCACUAAUAAAAAUCUUCAUCCUUAAAUCUGUAAGGAUUAAGUCAACACUAAAGGAGGAACUUGAAUGUUAAACUGUGUUAAAUGUUAGAACUAAAACGUGUCAUAGAUUUAAAAUAAUCUAGAUAUAAUGUGCAAGAGGUUAAUUAAUUAAAAUUAAAAACAAAAACGUACGUGAUUUAAUAUUUUUUAAUUUUAUGCCAUUGACUGACGAAUAUAAGAAAUCAUAUUUAAUAAAAAGUGUAACGAAUAUAAUAGCACAUUUAUAAUUAAUUAUAUAAAUAUUGUU